CUGCAAACUAGCAUCUAGGAUCGACUGCUGUUACCAUCUACGGUUAACGAAAGGGCUAUUUUCUUCCACGUGAGAAUACCAUUUCCGGUAAUCGACAACGAAUUUUUUUUCUUCAAGUCGCAAACGUAUUUGGAGCGAGUGGUAUAUUUUAUUGGACCCUUUCUCCCUUUUUCCACCCCUGUUGAUAAAGAAGAAGCCUAUCGACAGGCUAAAAAAAAAUUACCUACACAAGAGUCAGAAAAAUAUGACUCCUCCUGUUGCACAGGUGUCUCGUCCCCCUUUGCCGCCACCUUUACCAUUAUCAUUGGCGCAAUCCACUGCCCUGCUUUCGCAUCCACCUCCAUCUCCCACUACUCAUAAUUUACCCUCACGACGUCAUUCCUUGCCUGAUCUAACGAAACUGAAGGAAGAAUGGUACUGCAAAGAAGCCUUGCAAGUCAAUACACUCCCUCCUGGAAAGUUACAGAUUGAUUUGCUGAAUUUUCAAUCCGAUGUCAAAGUGAAACGACCACAAAUGCGGCUUAGAAUGGGCUCUCAGCAUUACUACUCGUCGCGGAGCAAAGAUGCCACUGGCAACUGGAAUGAAGGAUUCAUAUUCACCAUAUCCUAUCACAACCAAUUAUUUGAUACCAUCGAACUUGAUUUGUACGAUAAGCGAAAAGGAUGGCAUAACAAGACACGGCAUGUCGGCAAAGCGAAACUCAAAAUUUCCUCCAUCAAAGGCCGUGAUGAUGUAUUUCUCACGUUUCUCCCCAUGUACGAGUACCAUGUUCGACGCUACCUUCCUGCACAUAUCCAAUUACCGCAUAAUUUCCUAAAGUCACACAUGCCUACCGUUCCGAAUUUUAGCUCAAUUCAACGCUCACUCCAGUCUCGAAUAUCUGACCAGAAAAAUGUCACCAGCCAAGACGCUGAUGAUGAUGAUACUGAGACGCUAGUUAUACCCGACUUACAGUACCAUCAACAUCCCAGCCACCGCAAGCAUUCCAUGACUCCCUUGAUAGGAUCCAUCCAGAUCCGUGUUCGUUACAUUUACCAGAUACCACCGGACGGCCUCACCGAAGAUUUGAAACCCAUUUACAUGCCUUACAAUGGGACCAAAGAGUUUGAUACCUGUAGUCUUGCCAGCAGUCAACAUAAUCCCAGCUCCUACUCUGUCCACAGUCGAUACAGCGGAAAAAGCCUUUACAGCACCGGUAGUAGCAAUGUUUCCAAUUCGACCAUCUGCUCGGAUGGACUUCAGUCUAGUCUGGCCGAUUUCCAUGACGCCGUCGAACCCAAACUGGUUUACGUCGAUGAUCUCAAACGCGUGUCUCCCACGGCAGCUGACCGACAAAACCCACCGUUGAGACGAGAUUCAUCCAUCGAUCUCAUUUUUGAACAGAAACUGCACCACGAAAUGGCCCGCCCCACGGAUCCUUCCUCUGCCAAACGAUCGGCUUCCUAUGCCAGAGAACAGUUUGGUUUCUCACAAUGUGACGUCGAUAGCCGCAACAAGAAUACCCGAAAAACCAACAGUGGUACCUCCACUCCCGAUAAUGCAAGUAUUCGAAGUCAUAACUUUGGCGACAAGAACUUUGCGUUUCGGUGGAUCAAUGAAACCUUUGAUGAAGUUGCCCUGUCCCAUCCCAGUUUGGACCGUAUGAUCGGUCUGGUGGUCAGUCCUCAGACACGAACAUUACUACGUGCUGUGGUCAAGAUGUUCAACGCUUUUGGACAAGGCUUCAAGAUUACUGGCAUGCAAUUAUUAUCAUCCUUAUCACUGUUGCAGACAUUUUAUUCAGAUAUACCACGACCUCCACCUGCCGAAAGAGUCAGCGAUCUUCGGUUUUUGGAUGAAGGGUAUUAUUUCCUGGGACACGCCAUUAUCGCUUAUGGUUGGCGCGGCAUCUCGUAUCUAGGCGACUAUGCCAAAUAUUUGAAAGAUGUAAUGAAGACGCGAUCCAACAAAGAAGCCAUCGUUCGUUUUUUAAAGAUCCCACCGGAAGAUCUGUUGGGUUACGAAUAUGGCUUACGAAAAGGCGCUGUAUUUCAACCUAGCUAUUUCGUUUCUCUGGACCGAGGUCAUGAAGCUGUCGUUUUGGGCAUUCGUGGCACCUGGAGCCUAUAUGAUUGCAUUACGGAUCUGGUGUGCGAAUACCGGCCAUGGAAAGGUGGUCUUGUUCAUUCAGGACUCUUGGCUUCGGCUCAAUGGUUCUUUACCCGCAUUAUUCCUCAGAUUUUUCAUUACAUCCAUGAGCAAUCGAAAUCGUCCGACCGGCCUAUUUCGUCAUUUAUCAUUACCGGUCACUCUCUGGGUGCAGGCGCGGCGGCGAUCCUCACCAUGAUGAUCGUGGAUCAUCUCGAUGAACUACGCCAACUGUCAGGCAACCCGAAUUUUCGAAUCCAUUGCUAUAGUUAUGCUCCUGUGGCGGCGGUUUCUUUGGAUUUAGCGGAGAAACACAAAGAGUACAUUACCAGUUUUGUAUGCCACGAUGACCUCGUGGCUCGCUUAUCUUACGGAACCGCCAGCUGUGCCAAGGAACUCAUUAUGGACGCUCUUAUUGCUGUCGAUGGCAUGGGUGGCACCAGCAAGUUGAACGCUGACGAAAUAGCGAAAAAAGCUUGCUUCGACAUCAUCAAAAAGCGACGUGAGGAAAUCUUCCACUCGACCGAACCCAAAUAUCCUCUUCUCUAUAUUCCCGGAAGCGUCUACCAGUUUCGACGAUCCAAUAAGCCCGUUUCCACCGUACCAUCCUCACUACGACCUCGAUCGUCCUCCGCCUCUUCUUCCAAAUCGACCCCCGCCAAACCAUCUAAACUCACCUCUAGCCAAUCCGAACCUGCUCUAUUCCUAAAAGACGACGACCAACCCGGCGAAGUGAGCUUUACCUUACACAAAAGCUCGCCGCUCAUUUCUGAAGAAGUCCUGGUGUCGAAAACAUGUCUUGAAGAUCAUAUGCUCGUCACCUAUUUGAAUGCGUUUCAAAUGGUGCGACGUGAAUGCAUGCUUCAUUCCAAUCCAGAGUCGUCUGAAAAAAAGUCGGAACAGGACAACCUCCAAGCGCCUCUCAAGAGUAGCAUGGAGGCCUCUGCAUCUAAUUUGCAUGCCACGAAUUCCCAGCAAAAUCAUGUUUUAUAGGAUAAAGCUAUUAUCAUUUGAUGAAGAAAAAAAACACUUCUCAAUCAAUCUUUUAUAAAUCUUCUCAUUUUGCAUCUGAAAUUUUUCCCUCACUGAUUUCGCCGAUCAUCUGAU